AACAGUCCUCGCCUACGAUGGUGGAGGUGGUUAUAGAGAGAAUGGCGCCGACCGUGGAAAUCAACGGCCUCAGAUUCACGUACCCGGGGAUCGACGGCCAUCCUCCGCCUGGGUCCAAGCCCCUCAUCGACGACUUCUCGCUCACCGUCGAUUCCGGCGACCGCUGUCUCCUCGUCGGGUCCAACGGCGCAGGUAAGACUACUAUGUUGAAGAUAUUAGGAGGGAAGCAUAUGGUGGAUCCUCACAUGGUCCGCGUGCUUGGGAGAUCGGCAUUCCAUGACACGGCAUUGACAUCUUCUGGGGAUCUCUGUUACCUUGGGGGAGAGUGGAGACGAGAAGUUGCUUUUGCGGGCUUUGAAGUUCCUAUACAGAUGGAUGUCUCUGCUGAGAAAAUGAUAUUUGGGGUGGCAGGUAUAGAUCCACAAAGAAGAGCUGAGCUAAUCAAGGUGCUAGACAUUGAUUUAUCCUGGAGAAUGCAUAAGGUUUCUGAUGGACAGAGAAGGCGAGUCCAAAUCUGUAUGGGACUCCUCAAGCCAUUCAAGGUGCUUCUUCUUGAUGAGAUAACAGUGGACCUCGACGUGUUAGCAAGGGCUGAUCUUUUGAAGUUUCUCAGAAAGGAAUGCGAACAGAGAGGGUCGACAAUUAUCUAUGCCACCCAUAUUUUUGAUGGUCUAGAUGAUUGGCCCACACAUAUUGUGUAUGUGGCUCAUGGAAAGUUGCAGUUAGCAAUGCCGAUUGAUAAGGUUAAGGAGAGUAGCAAACUGUCUCUGAUGAGGACGGUUGAGAGUUGGCUGAGGAGAGAAAGAGAUGAGGAUCGGCAGAGAAGGAAAGAGAGGAGGACAAAAGGUCUCCCUGAGUAUGAACAGCAAAUUGAUGGAAGCCGGGUCACUGGUGAUCCGGCUUUCGUUGCUGCACGGCCAUUGAAUAAUGGUUGGGCUGGUGGAAGGCUGCACUCUACCAUUGCUGGUGAAGAAAGUUGCUUCUUCAGCUCAAACAGAGUUCUCAGGCAGUAGUCAAAUACAUACAUUCUAUAACUUUCAAAGCAAAAUAAUUCCUUGAUUGAUGGAAGGUUAGCUUCAGAGGUUUCCCAGGUUUUACCUUUAUAUUAUCAACAGAUUCGAUAGUCUAGGAAAAACCAUCUGAAAGGGAAAGUAUUCAGUAUUGUUUUCUUCUUUUGGCUGAAGAAAGUAUUCAGAAGCAUUUUGCUCUUUUAUUUGAGAUAUUUCAGUUUCUUAUUCUUUUUGUUUGUUAUCUAUAUGUUUCCAUAUGAUGGGCUUUGCAACCUUUUCCUAUUCGACUAGUCCUAAUUUGGCACCUGGGGGGAUGAAUUGUAUCAUCUUAUCUAUUGCUGUAUACGAAAGAAAAGUUAAGUUCUGCAUU